GUCUGUCUCUUUUACGUUGUUUGCACCCCGAAGGAAAGAACGCGCCGCGUAGAAACACGCGUCAUCCUCGCGUGCGUGUUUCAACCGCAGAUCGACGAACACCGUCAAGCAUCGUUGUCGUUUCCACCUUGCUCUCCAUUGUGCCGGCGGACGUCAGCUGCGCGACGACCGUCACUAGAGCGUGUCAGGUCUGAGUCUGUGUGUGUGUGUGUGUGUGUGUGUAUGUCUGUGUCACGUGACGACGACACAAACAAGCAUCGCGACGACGGCCUGCCUCUCUGUUCGUCGGCCGCAAAGGGUUUAGAAGUCAAACGUGGUGAAAGUCAAACUACUACACACAACAAAACGCGUUGAUAACGCACGUGCGCCGCGUGCGUUAACGAUCAUCAUCAAUCUACGUCGGGAGGAGAUUUGUUGCUGAGGAAAACACACAGCGGAGAGAUCGAUAGGGCGCUAGAGAGAGAGAAAGAGAGAGAGAGAGAGAUACGCGUUUUCGUCUAUUCGUCGAACGUUGAUGGGAAAGUGGGUCGACCUACCGCACGGUGGUGGAAGCGACCGAAUGAGGCGAUCACUGAAGAACGAUAUUGGCGUUUAAGAAGAGCAAAAUGAGAGGCGGCGCCGGUGAUGUCCCGUCAUCCGUGGUCACGAUCCCCGCUUCGGCGUCUCUUAACUUUAUGACAGCUGAGGACAGCAUGAGCGAUGACGUAUUCGAGAUGGACGACGAGCGCUCUUCCAACGCGACUGUCUUUUCCGGAGGAGGAGGAGACGGCCUUACUCCCGGGGAACGACCCCUCGACAAUACACCCUCUCCCACUGGGUAUCGCGAUUACAAACCACCUGCCGAAGUGCUCAGCAACAACUACAGUACAACCUUCAGAACAACGAGCGACUUCGACAACGUGAGGAGCACGUUGAAAAGGGACCAGCAGAAAGAAGAUAAUUUCGCGCACAAGACAAUCCUCCUCGGCGAUAGCGGAGUCGGCAAGACCUCGUUAUUGGUUCAGUUCGAUACCGGGAAAUUCCAGCCGGGAAACUUCGCGGCCACCGUCGGUAUCGGUUUUACGAACAAAGUUGUGAGCGUCGACGACACGCCGAUCAAGCUGCAGAUAUGGGACACGGCCGGUCAGGAGAGGUUUCGAAGCGUGACACACGCUUAUUAUCGAGACGCUCAUGCACUUUUGCUUCUGUACGACGUGACGAACAAAACGAGCUACGACAACAUCAGGGCCUGGCUGAGCGAAAUCCGGGAACACGCGAACGAGGAUGUCGUCAUCAUGUUGCUGGGUAACAAGUCCGACUGCGGAACAGAGCGUGUCGUUAAGCGAGAAGAUGGCGAGCGAUUAGCGCAGGAAUACAAAGUGCCGUUCAUGGAAACGUCCGCCAAGACCGGCCUUAAUGUCGAGCUGGCAUUUCUGGCCGUUGCUCGAGAGCUGAAAGCCAGGAAAAGUGACAAUCCGGACGAGACGAAAUUCAACGUUCAGGAUUACGUGCGUCAACAAUCGCAGCGAAAUUCUUGCUUUAAUUCAAGCUGUCUCACAACCUGAACUGACGAUUUUGUUGUUUUUUUACGUUAAGCUACUAAUUGUGUAAGAGAGGAUGAGCGGGCAAAACUGCGUCGACCGCGUGAAGCGCACGGUGUAUCCUUUAAUUUCCCGCGCAAAAUCACCGGUUACUCAAGUUUCGCGCAAAACAAUUAUUCAAUUUUACAGUCGGUUCACAAUAAAGAGAAAUACAAAGAGAGAUCGAGUCAAACGAAUCAGACAACACACAAGAAAUAACACAGCGUUAAAAGUAUUUAUUAUAGAAAGCACGAGGCAUUAUCUUCUUCGAGAGAAGAGACCAUAAAUCCUUAGCAAAAGUAGCGUUAAAUUUAACAAAAAGAUCGACACUCAAAUGUUGUAAAGUAAACGUGGGAGAGAACCGAUUGCGCUCUUAAGAAAAAUCAGGGUCAGAGAGAAACUGUUUUUAAAAAAGAAAUUUUUUUUUUAUGUGGCACACAAUAUGUCAGCAUGGAGUUUUCGGUAAAAGAGAAAAAAAAACCAUAAAUAAACAUGUGUCAAUGUUCACGCACGUUGUAAAUUAAUGUUAAUAGUUUUGUGAGAAAAAGGAGAGUCUCAAAAUAGAGAAAAGUCCUCUAUAGAAAAGUCUCUAUAGCUCGAUGGUUCUAAUUUCCCGUACAAGGUGACGCGGGACACGGGUGGUGUAACCAAGCACAAUAUAUAUAUAUAUACACAUUAGUCCUUAUGAUAUUUUUAUUUUUUCUAAAUAUAUUUUAGCUUUAUAUAAAUAAUCUUUAGAAAGAAAUAUCUGUAGAGGGAAGACGAGAUGCUCUGUAUUAUCGAAAGCAUCUUGAUGAUAGAUUAGUGAUAAAGUAUAAAAAACAAAAAAAAAAACAAAAACAAAAACAAAAAAAACAAAAACCAAACAAAACACUUUUUAUUUAUUUUUAUUCGAGGAGACUCAUCUCCCCGCAACCGAUUAUAGGGAGACUCAUCCUGUAUCAGAUAUCCCGCACACUUUGUACAAGUUGUCAAAUCUGCCUCAGCACGAUUAUUAAGAUAAUAAUCGUACAAGUCGUGAUUAUGUAUCGUACGCUCGGCUCUGUAAUGUUACGUUGCGCUAGCGCGUUGCUGUUUGCACAAAUAAGCGUAUGUAAUCCUUCAAUUUGCAUACAAUGUGCUUGUUACAAGUUGUAUAGGACGCGCGGUGCGGUUGCACCUCUAUCUCGUGGUGCCUGACCAAACAAAAACAAAAAAAAACAAAAACAAAAAAAAAAUGUCAAUAUAAACUCACUUCGCGUACCAAGUAUAUAGUUUUGUGACAGCGCGAAAAAGACGAAGAUGAUUUAUUGUCGUAGAAAAAUCUCUUUGAAACUUGUAGAGCUGUGUGUGUUACUUAAACGGGUCAGCGCACAUUUGAAAAUUUUUCAAAAGUGUCGACAAAUAGAGAAAAUAUAUAUAUAUAUAAAUACAUAUAUGUAUGUACGCGUACGUUUGUUGCGGCGAUUCAAAAUUUUAAAUUAGAGACGCUGAUGUAGAUGCAAAUGACCAGUAGAAAAAAUGGUUGUCUUUAUGUAAUCGAAAAAUUGACGAAUUUUAUCGAUCGUUAUCAAGUGAGCAUUUUAAGCAAAGUUGAGAGAAUUACUCCGUUAAAAAAAAAAAAAAAAA